GAAACACUGCUUUAAAUAUUGAGUUUACUCACGUGAUGUGGUGACAAUCUCUCUCCAUGUUUUGGUAGCACUGUCGCAUCGGAAAACAUGUGGAAUGCAAAAAUAACUUUCGGUGUGGUUGUUUGCGUUAUUUUAACUUCCAUCCAGACAGAAGCAGAUUCUUCAGCGUUUGAGACAGACGCAGACUCAUUAUCGUGUGAACAGAAAGAAAAGCAUUUUGUAGUUUUAGAUCUUGCUAAAGAAUUGAUCUCAAAAGCAAAAACCCUUCAUCCAUCUUGCGUUAAUGAUUGCAAAGAUAAUUCUUCAACUGCUAAUAAAUGCGGUGUCAAGGAAAAAGUUUCAGCAUAUUUAAAUAUUGCGAUGAAGCUGGUAGAGGAGGCUAAAGAGAGCUAUACAACCUGUGAUGCUUCCAAGAAUUGCACAAAAGUCGUAUUUCUUCACAAGAAACCUAUCGACUGCUCAGAAAUCCUUGAAAAUGGAGAAAGAAAAAGUGGCGUAUACAAGAUUUGGCCUAGGCAUCGUAUCUUCGAAGGCAAGCCACUAAGCGUGUAUUGUGAUAUGGAAACUGAUGGAGGAGGCUGGACGGUGAUCCAAAGAAGAGGAAAUUUCUCAAACAAAAUAGACUUUUACCGAAACUGGCACGAUUACAAAUACGGAUUUGGCAACAUAACGGAAGAAUUUUGGAUCGGCAAUGAGAACAUAUAUGCUUUGACCAAUCAGGGAAAUUACUUCAUGCGUUUUGAUAUAGAGACAGUAAAUAGAGAACGCAGUUUCGCCAUAUAUUCUUCAUUCUGGGUUGAAAAUGAAAGUGCAGAUUAUAUGCUGCAUUUUGGAAAUUAUUCUGGAACAGCUGGAGAUGGAAUUUCAACUUUAAGAGGCAUGAAAUUUUCAACUAAAGACAAGAGAAACGACAUAUGGACAGACGCUUGCACAACUGUGAAGCAGGGAGGUUGGUGGUACUCAGCUUGCGGAGGCAGUAACCCCAAUGGUAUAAAUUUGCCAGAAGGCAAAAACGACGGAAAAUACAUGAAUUGGGAGCCGGUGACAAAAUAUGAUUCUUUGCUGGCCAUAGCGAUUAAGAUAAGACCAUAUUACUGAAAAUCAAAGAAAUUCGUCAUAUUUUAAUUGGAUAAGUCACUGAUUUUCAGUCAGGGUAAAGACAUAAAAAAAGUUUAAAGGAGUCUAAAAAUUUAAUUAUUGGAUUGAGCAAAAGGAAUAAAUUUUUCCAUUAAUACAAAAAUCCAGCCUUGAAUGAAGCAUAAUUUGUUGUACAGUUAUGCCUCGAUUUUCCUCGGACAUUUCAGCGAAAAAUUUGUCUUUGAUUUCUUUGGUAUGUCCAUAUGACCUUGCUGCUGAUUUUCGUUCUCCAGGCUUGGAAGGCAUAUUGUUGAAGGAAUUCAGUUUUGUCAGUGUGAAGUUCUUGCAACCUAAUACCAUAACGCGCAUCCAUUCCCUGAACCAGAAUGUCAUUUCAAAAGAUACUGUACCUAACAAUAACGUUUCAAAAGAGUUUUAAAGUAUAAUCAGAUAUCGAAUAGUCCUUUCGAGAGUUCUGUUGAAAGACAUUUCAACAAUUUCAAUUACGUUGUCUUCAUACUUCUUCUCGGGGUCCCUUUCCACAUGAUAAUAUAUACAUAUCUGUCUCAUCUCCUCGCCAUUAUCAAGAAGAGUCUUCAGAACAUACAUUUGUCUUUUAUAUCCAUUUUGUAUUGAUUUUUUAUAUUGUUUUUUACUAUUAGAGACUAUAUCCAUUUGGUUUGAUUUUUUAUGCAUUUUUUUACUGUUAGAGACUAUAUUUAUUCUCUAUGAAUUGUGUUUUUGCUUAUCCAUUAUUAAGAAGAGUCUUCAGAAAAAUAU